GCCAGAACGGAAGUUGCGUGAUCCGCCAGCGCCGAGGAGGUGCGUCCUGCGAAGCCUGUACGGAGCCCGACGGUGGUGCCAUGGCUUCUAGCGGGGUCCCGGUGAGCGCUGUCGGCUCGGCAAACCAAGCUCCUGAAAUUCCGGACAACGUGGGAGAUUGGCUUCGGGGCGUCUACCGCUUUGCCACCGAUAGGAACGAUUUCCGGAGGAACUUGAUCCUCAAUUUAGGACUCUUUGCUGCGGGAGUUUGGCUGGCCAGGAACUUGAGUGACAUUGACCUAAUGGCACCUCAGCCAGGAGUGUAGCCAAACAUAUGGAAUUGCUGUGCUGUACCCGAACCUUCCAAAAACAGAGCCUACCUACAGUCUGUGACCACCACAAGAUAUGCCGUGAUGGCAGCUGAAGUUUGAUUCAAAUGGGCACCUUCCCCCUUCCCUGCCUGGUUUCUCUUUGUUCUUUGAGUCCACUCAGAAUUCCAUUCUCUGGUCAGCAGUCAGGCUUCAGCUAAAGUGUUGCCUCUGUUCUGUAAUGUUCUGUACAUAGUUCCUAACUUUCAGCAAGGGGGGGUGAUCCCUUUGCUCUUGUCCUGAGGAAUAACAAUAAUGUUUUAACAAAUAUUUGAAAUAAAGAUUGCACACACAGA